UUGUGGUUAAAAGUUGGUUCAAAGCGGAAGUGCAAGUGCAUUUAGGGUGGUGCACUCUACAGUGUCGUUCAAAAAUACAUCGACACUUGAAAAAUUAAAAGUUUUUGAACAAAUUGGAAUUCACUUCCAGUGGUCACUGAGACACUGAAACAUUGCUGAGACGCGUUGGGGCAAGUUGCUAGACAACAGUAUCGUACAAAAGUAUAGCGACACUUUAAAAAAUUGGAGUUUUGGAAAAAAAUUCAAAUCGCUUUCGGAGUUCAUUUUGUGGCGAUUUUAACAUUUCUGGGUGGCGUUAAUACAAGUUGCUGACUACAGUAACGCCCAAAAGGAUAGCAACUCAUACGAAAUAAAAAUAAAUUGAAAAUAUUUAUUUAUAAAAAAUCAUCCGAAAGUCAAUCAUUGGUGGCAUUUACGGUCGUUUGGUGCUUUUGAGUGUGAUUUGAGUGGUGUUGAGUGAUGGCUAGCAAGGCGGAGAAAAAACUAGCAGCGGACCUUCUGACGAGACGACGAGCGUGUGCCGAACGAGAUGUGGUGGAGAAGUUCGUAGCGGAUUUCACCUACGAACGAGAUUGUUGCCAGGUUGCGGUACGUUUAGAGGCGCUCAACAAGUGCAACGAGUUGUUCAUGAACGUGCAGAAUGACAUCGAAAUGGGCGAUAGCGAAGAACGGUUCGAGGCGCAUCUGGAGUUCCGGGCGGAUUUCGAGGAUCGGUUUUGCAGAGCGAAAGGUUUUUUGCUGUCUAAACUGGAAAGCAGGGAGCAUCUUCUGAGUUCGACGAUCAUGCACGCAUCGACUUCUCAUAGCAUGUCUUCCAGUUUCCAUCAUCGGCUGCCAAAAAUCGAUCUACCGAAGUUUAGCGGGGAUGAAUCGCGAUGGAUAUCAUUUCGCGACAAUUUCAUUUCGAUGAUCCACUGCAACGAAGACAUACCAAUCGUCAACAAGCUGCAGUAUCUGUUGCAGUCACUGGAAGGAGAGGCCAGAAAACCGUUCGAGUCUGUGGAUAUCCAAGCCGAUAACUAUGCGUCGACGUGGGACGCAUUGAAAAAGCGCUACGACAACAAGCGAUUCCUCAGAAAGGAGCUGUUCCGAGGCCUGUACAACCUUCCACCGAUACAGCAUGAGUCCGCACAAGACCUCAACACACUGGUUGAUGAUUUCCAGCGACACGUCAAGGCACUGGGGAAGUUAGGUGAACCGAUAGAUCAUUGGGAUACUCCGCUCAUCUUCAUCCUGACGAAUAAAUUGGAUUCGGCGACGAUUCGUGCGUGGGAGCAAGAUACUCGACAGAAGGAUGAGGUGAAAUACGACGAGCUCAUCGAGUUCCUCAUCCACCAGGUCCGGAUGUUAAAAUCCGUGGACAGCGAUCUCCAGCAUCGUUCCUCACUGCCCACCGUUUCCAAGGUGGCCGGUCAAAUCCCGAAGAGACCAGUUCCCAUCCGAUCUGUUGUGAACACAGCUACGUCCGAAACUCAAUCCAGUACUUCGUCAUGCCACUGUUGUUUUAGGACACAUCCGCUUUACCAAUGUCCAGCAUUUUCGAACCUGUCAAGCUCCCAACGGCGAGAGCUUGUGACACAGCACAGUCUUUGCUGGAAUUGCUUUCGCGCAAACCACCGGGCAACAUCCUGCAAAUCCAAGUUUCUGUGCAGGAUUUGUCAAGCAAAACACCACACCAUGUUGCACGACCACCACAUAUCACAUCUGGAGCAACUCUCUACUGAGGAACCACAUCCCGUACAAGCGAAUCCAGGCCCCAGUAAAUUGCUUAGCCCCCCAACAGUAAAUCUUUCCGUGCAUUCAGAUUCAACGGUUCUAUUGGAGACAGUUACGCUGUUAGUUGUCGACCGAUACGGUAGAAAGAUUCCUGCUAGAGCUCUGCUAGAUUCUGCAGCGAUGUCCAACUUCAUCACCAAGAAGCUGGCGAACGAACUCGCCACCCGCCAAAGCCCCGUGGACAUCGCAGUUGCCGGAAUUGGAGAGUCAGUGAAGCGCAUCAAGCACAAGUUAGCUGCCAAGAUCGUAUCCAAGAACAGCGACUUCUCCACCACACUCGAUUUUCUAGUUAUGAGGAAGCCGACAUCAAAUCUGCCCACAAUACCUAUCGACACAUCUACGUGGAACAUUCCUGAAGUGCCUUUGGCGGAUGUCCAUUUCAAUGUUCCAGCUACGAUCGAUAUAAUCAUCGGUGGAGAGUGCUAUCACGAGCUCCACACCGGCGUUCGCCAAUCUCUUGGCAACGGAUUCCCGUUCUUGGUGGACACACACUUUGGCUGGACAGUUUCCGGCAAGGUAACGACCGGCUCCACCACCGCACCACGAGCGUGCUACAUCUCCGCCGUUGACCAGAACUUGGACUGUACUCUGGAACGUUUCUGGGAGCUGGACACCGUCGAUGAAGGCCAAAACCUCUCAGCAGAAGAACGGAAGUGCGAAGAGAUUUUUGCCAGCACCACCACUCGAAAUCACGAUGGAAGGUACGUCGUACGGCUGCCCCGGACUGAUGAUUCCCAGAUCACCCUUGGAGACUCUCGCAUGAUCGCAAUUCGCCGGUUCUACAGCUUAGAACGCCGCCUACAGCGAGAUGACUCCACCAAAAUGGCCUACCACAAAUUCAUCGAAGAAUACGCACAACUUGAACACAUGUUUAAGAUAGAUCCUGUCGUCGAUAACAAACCACACUGCUAUCUGCCACAUCACCCGGUCUUCAAGGAAGCCAGCACAACCACCAAGGUACGCGUGGUAUUCGACGCUUCUUGCAAGACCACAUCCGGGUAUUCGCUGAACGAUAUGCUGCUCGUCGGUCCGGUCGUCCAACAGGAUCUGCUGUCCAUCACCCUUCGAUUCCGUACAAAGGCCAUCGCUCUUGUGGCGGACAUUGAAAAAAUGUACCGUCAAGUUAAUUUACAUCCCGAUGAUCAGCCCUUUCAUCGAAUCCUUUGGAGGGAGAACCCUUCUGAACCGUUGGAUACUUACGAACUCCGCACCGUUACUUACGGAACCGCUUCAGCUCCGUACCUGGCAACUCGUGUUUUGAAGCAGCUAGCCAUUGAUGAAGGAGAUAGGUUCCCAGUCGCAGCCGAAGCCAUCGAUGACUACUACAUGGAUGAUUUACUAUCCGGUGCCAACGAUCUAGAGUCCGCUAUACAAAAACGCCGCCAGAUGUCCGCGAUGUGUCAGUCUGCCGGAUUUCAGCUGAGAAAGUGGGCUUCUAACAACCGAUCGGCUCUUGUAGACGUUCCAUCUGCAGACCUUGCCAUCGAUCCACUGCAUGACUUGAACGAAGAUCAAUCGGUAUCGACUCUCGGCCUAGUUUGGGAUACUCGAACUGAUAUGCUGCGGUUCAACAUCAACCUUCCACUUCCUGCGUCGGUGCUGACCAAGAGGAAAGUAAUCUCCUACAUAGCGAGGAUUUUCGAUCCGCUGGGCCUCGUCGGGCCAGCUAUAACACUGGCCAAGCUGUUCAUGCAACAGUUGUGGCGACUUAGAUCAGAAAAGGACGAACCGUACGAUUGGGAUCGGCCUCUGCCUUCGAAGCUGCAGGAGGAGUGGAAGCAGUUCCAUGCAACGCUCUACAUUUUAGCCGAUAUUCGAAUUCCUCGGUUUGUCAACGGAUAUGCAGAUUGUUCGAUCCAGCUCCAUUUCUUCUGUGACGCAUCUGAAGCUGCAUAUGGAUCUUGUUGCUUCGUUCGUUCCGAGUUUGCUGGCGAAAUCAGAGUGCGGUUGUUGACCUCCAAAUCCAAGGUUGCUCCUUUGGCCAAGAAACAUUCGAUUGCACGUUUGGAGCUAUGCGCAGCUGUUCUAUCCACAAAGUUGUUCCGGAAGGUACAAGGCGCGAUUGGGUCAUCAGAACACGUUUAUUUCUGGUCUGACUCAACCACAGUCCUCCAAUGGUUGAGGUCGCCACCGCAUCGAUGGAGAACCUUUGUUGCCAAUCGCGUUACUGCUAUCCAGACUGGCACUGAAGGUUUCAAUUGGAGACACGUCCCGGGAGUGCAGAAUCCAGCCGACGAACUUUCUCGUGGACUACAGCCCUCCGAUCUUCUCAACCAAGCUCGAUGGUGGAACGGUCCAGAUUGGCUGUCGUCGUCAUCGGAAUAUUGGCCACGAUGUGUUUUGCCGGAGAAUGAUUCACCAGAGGUCGCUGAAGAAAGUCCUUCUGUCAGUUUAGCUGCCACCGUUUCCGAAAAAGAGGAUUUUGCAGACCAGCUGUUCACUCGGUAUUCAACGUUCAAGCGACUCAACCGGGUAACAGCCGCUUGUAUCAAAUACAUCAAGGCACUCCAAGCUGCAGCUAUAAGGAGGAAAAAUCAACUAGUUACGCCGUUCCCUACACCCAAUGAGUUAGCGAUCGUCUACCUUUCAGCUGAAGAUUUAGCCGAGGCAGAUCGUGCGCUGCUCCGAUUAGCCCAGUCACAGCUAUACGCGGAAGAGCUCUCCGAGUUCCAAAACCCCAAACGUACAAGAAAUCCGCUGUCGUCGCAGUUACGAUACCUACGUCCUUUCCUCUGUGAUGAUGGUAUUAUUCGCGUUGGUGGUCGCCUAAGGAAUGCAGACGUUGCGCAGAGUGUCAAACAUCCAGCAGUUCUCUCGGCUAAGCAUCCACUGGCAAGGCUUAUUACGGAGCAUUACCAUCGAACGCUUUUGCAUGCUGGACCGCAGCUGAUGAUUGCCACUAUUCGCCAAAGAUACUGGAUUCAUGGAGGAAGAAAUUUAGCUCGCCAAACGUACCAUGGCUGUAUGAAAUGCUUUCGGCAGAAGCCGACCCUCGUUGAGCAAAGCUCCGCAGAUCUACCAAAAUCCCGUGUGAUCCAAGAUCGUCCAUUCGCUGUGUGUGGAGUCGACUAUUUCGGGCCCAUUUUUAUCAAGUCACCGAUUCGUCGUCAUGGUCCAACAAAGGCAUAUGGUGCCAUUUUCGUAUGUUUCGUUACGAAGGCCGUUCACAUUGAGUUGGUGUCGGAUCUGUCAACGCCCGCCUUUCUAUCAGCACUUCGUCGCUUCGUUGCCCGUCGCAGUCGCCCGAGGGAAAUUCAUUCGGACAACGGAACAGCUUUCAAAGGUGCAUCGAACGCUCUUCACCGAUUGUACGACAUGCUGAAGAAAAACAGCGAAGACAGGGAGCAGAUAUUCAACUGGUGUGCAACGGAAAGAAUCCAGUGGAAAUUCAUUCCCCCGCGAGCUCCGCAUUUCGGUGGAUUAUGGGAAGCUGCAGUGAAGUCUGCCAAACACCAUAUUCUACGUGAGAUAGGACACACGAACAUGAGCUACGAGGACAUGACCACACUGCUCGCUGAAGUGGAGAUGUGCCUUAAUUCACGUCCAAUCACCCCGAUCCCGACGGAAACCGAUGAUCUCGAGGUGUUAACUCCAGGACACUUCCUUGUGGGCACCAACUUGCAAGCCGUUGACGAUGUGGAUGUUACUGCAAAGCCCGACAACCAUCUCGACCAUUGGAAGCUCACCACAAAACGGAUGCAGGGUAUCUGGGCUCGUUGGUAUCCCGAAUAUCUCGCCCAACUACAAACUCGCGCUAGGAAGGGGAGCAAAUCGGCGGUUCCGGUGGAGGUUGGAAAAAUCGUGGUAAUCAAGGAAGACAACUUACCACCAGCCUUGUGGCCACUAGGUCGCAUCACAAAACUUCAUCCCGGCCGAGAUGGAGUUGUUCGUGUUGUGGGACUGAAGACAGCCAAGCGUGAUGACGUCGUCAGAGCGGUGAACCGGAUAGCCAUCUUACCCACCGCCAGCAUCCAAGACGUUGACCCGACAACCACCGAAGAUUAGCAGAAACUACAAAGACCGGUAGAGCACGCCGAACGUGCUCAACGCGCUAAUGGAGCGCUAUCAGGUGAUUAGCGUUCCAAAUUUAUUCUUUAAACCGUUCGAUCUACCGGGUCUUUGCUGCUUCCAGAUCCGUAUGUGUCCUGUAGAGCCUAGCCAUUGUUCGUUUCAACGAGAUCAAUCUCCAAAGACCGGCAGAGCACGCCGAAUGUGUCUCGAUGCGCAUUCCAAGCGCUAAAAGGUGAUUAGCGUUCCAAUAUAUCUACUUUACCGUUCGAUCUACCGGAUCUUUGCUGUUUACAGAUCCCUAGAUGCCCUGUUAAGCCUGCCAUUUUUUCAACAAGAUUGAUCUUCAAAGACCGGUAGAGCACACCGAAUGUAGCUCAACGCGCAUUGUGAGCGCUAAUAGGUGAUUAGCGUUCCAAUAUUUCACUUUUUCUCGUUCGAUCUACCUGGUCUUCGUUGAUUUCAGAUCCUAUCUCAAUCAUUACUCCAUUAAUAUUCCGUCACCAUGUACCAAGCCGCAACGCAGAAUCUUCAAAGACCGGUAGAGCACGCCGAACGUUGCUCAACGCGCUAAAGGAGCGCUAACAGGUGAUUAGCGUUCCUAUUACCUUAAUCCAAAUCGUUCGAUCUACCGGGUCUUUUAUCGAUUCCAGACCGUCCACUGUCGUACAUCGUCGCAAUUCCUUCGUUCACCAGCAUUAUAGCCGAUCGAGAUCGCCCACAUACAUCCACAUGGUAGCAGAAUCUACAAAGAUCGGUAGAGCACGCCGAACGUUGCUCAACGCGCUAAUGGGGCGCUAACAGAUUCUGCACCAGUGCCGAAGCAGAGUCCUCGAUGUGCGACGUGUCAGCUGCGUUUCUUGGUCCAACCGUGUCUCCUGGUUCAGCCGGGUACCUUGGUCCAACUAUGUCCCCUGAUCCAACGGUGUCGCAUGGUCCAACCGACUGAGGAGGCCGUAAUCAAGUGGUCCGAAAUGCGUUGAAACAGCAGUUUCAAGGUGGCCGGAAUGAUCGGUACUGUACCGGUCAGGAAAUACCAUCCAUACUCUUAGUUUUUAAUAUGUGUCUAAUUUAUGUUCACUUGACACUGUAAUUAAUUUGCUCGAAAACACCACUAUUUGUAUAUGUACCCUAGGAUAAGCAUAACUCUCUCUUAACAUAAAAGCUUUCUUCGAGAGAGUAUGAAACCGCUCAUAGAAUAGAAAGUAAAGUUGAAUUGAACGCACGGGUUUUAAUUCGUUCCCAAUAAAUUGGCAAUAAAGUCCAACUAAGCGACUUUCCUAUUACAAAUUCAUCCGAAAUCAGGCGAGUUAAGUGUUGGCUAAGAAAGCGCAAUCGAAUCGCGCAGUGGCACUCCGUACAACAAACACCGAAAGUGUAAACUAAAUCUCCCCCCGAGCGGGCGAUCAGCUGUUGUGCAGAAGAAUUGACGACUUACCUGGAGUUUCUGCUGCUGGUGGAUGCCGUCGCCUUAGAGACGGGAAGAAAACCCUCGAAUUCCGAACCCCCCCAUCG